GUGCAACCCAUAUGACAGAAAAAGAAACCUCUCUGGCUGGACGAUUCAUUCGAAGGCUGAUGCAAGUUGAAGCAAGUAAGACCUCCACACGUUGUUUCCUACGUUGAAGAUGGCAGACUGUGAAGGUGAUGGGUCUGUAGGCUUGACCGCACUUGAACUGUAUGAAAAGCUGUCCGCCCAAGGCGACACAGUCCGAGCCCUUAAAACAGAAAAGGCAGACAAGGCUGAUGUUGAGACAGCUGUGAAAUUGCUGCUGAAACUGAAAGUUGACUACAAGAAAGUAACGGGGGCGGACUACAAACCCGGUUGUCCACCGUCUGACACCAUGGUUCCGCCUGAUAAUGGACCAGCAUCUGAUGAAGGAGAUGAUAUGGUGAACCCUUGGGCUGUGUCCACAAGUAGUGCCAAAGGAGUGGACUAUGACAAGCUCAUUGUCCGGUUUGGCAGCAGUAAGAUUGACCAGGAGCUGGUGGACAGAAUAGAGAAAGUGUCAGGACAAAGGGCACAUCGCUUUCUGCGCAGAGGAAUCUUCUUCUCUCACAGAGACAUGCAUCAGGUGUUGGAUGCCUACAAGAAUAAGAAGUCGUUUUACCUGUACACGGGGCGUGGUCCCUCGUCGGAAGCCAUGCAUGUCGGUCAUCUGAUUCCCUUCAUUUUCACAAAGUGGCUGCAGGAUGUGUUUGACAUCCCGCUGGUUGUUCAGAUGACGGAUGAUGAGAAGUACCUCUGGAAAGACCUGAAGCUUGAGGAUUGCCACCACUUUGCUGAGGAGAACGCCAAAGACAUCAUUGCCUGUGGAUUUGACAUCAAUAAGACGUUCAUCUUUUCUGACCUGGACUACAUGGGAAGCAGUCCGUCCUUCUACAGAAAUGUAGUGAAGAUCCAGAAACACGUUACCUUUAACCAAGUAAAGGGAAUCUUUGGUUUCACUGACAGCGACUGCAUUGGCAAGAUAAGCUUCCCAGCGAUUCAGGCAGCACCCUCCUUCAGCAACUCUUUCCCCCAGAUCUUCAACGACAGGAAGGAUGUGACAUGCCUCAUCCCCUGUGCCAUUGAUCAGGACCCUUACUUCAGAAUGACCAGAGACGUGGCCCCCCGUAUCGGCUACCCCAAACCAGCGCUGCUCCACUCCACCUUCUUCCCCGCCCUGCAGGGCGCCCAGACCAAGAUGAGUGCCAGCGACGCCACCUCCUCCAUCUUCCUCACAGACACCCAGAAGGAGAUCAAAAACAAGGUGAACAAGUAUGCAUUCUCUGGAGGCAAGGACACCAUUGAGGAGCACAGAAAAUACGGUGGCAACACUGAGGUGGACGUUUCAUUCAUGUAUCUCACAUUUUUCCUGGAGGACGACGAACAGCUUGAAAAAAUAAGACAGGAUUAUACCAGUGGUGCCUUGUUGACAGGAGAUCUGAAGAAAAUCUUGAUCGAAACCCUCCAGCCAUUGAUUGCAGCCCAUCAAGAGAAACGCAAGCAGGUCACAGACGAAAUGGUCAAACAGUUCAUGACGCCACGAAAGUUAGACUUCAACUACUAAUGUGUGUGACAGUGACUAACUACAGAAAGGGAGGGGGAUUUAGCAGUGUCUUAAUGCUGUACUUGCAGCACACAUUGCACUUGCUGUGCACAGAGCUUUUACAUUUGCUUACAAAAACAUAACAUGACUUGAAGGCACAAACAAACACAUUAAUGUCUCUUAACAGUUAUCCAGUAUAUAAUCCAGGAAAUUGAGCAAGAAAUUGUCUUUGGGUCAGGAGAACAGUAAUAUGAACAUGAUAAAUGUAAUAAAUGGAAUCAAAUCAAA